CCCUCCGGAGUCCCGGCAGAGCUGCGCCCCCUCUCCGUGCGCCGGGAGAGUACUCCAGCCAAGACGCGAAAUCCGUUACCAGGCUGCCGUGUCCCCAAGGGCCAUUCGAAGGCGGAAGAGGACGGGGAAAACCGCUGUGUUGAUUCCCCGGCCUUGUGGGCUGGGCGCGCAGCCGGUCAGGUUACAGACAGGUAUAAAGGUAGAUAGGAAAAACCAAAACACAAAUAAAUACAAAGUUCUCCAGCCACCUCCCCAGCAGGGGCAGCAAGGGGAUGUAGCCCAUCUUCACUUUACUGGCUUCCUGGAAAGGUAUUUCCCAGUCUCAGAAUUUGGGGAGCGGGCGGUUAGAGGAGGCAAUAAUGGGAGUGGCGAGGAUAAAAAAUGUGUUUCGAAGCUGCGUUUGCUAACAUGCGCUUGGCUUUUGUUUCCAUUGUGUGUUUAUUUGCGGUGAGGGUGCUCUUGGGGUGCAAGGUCUUGGGGUGGGAGCUGGUUUGGCGGAGCAAGCUGACGUUUUUCUUAGAUUGUAUGGCACAAAUCAGUAAAAUAACGUCUUCUAAAGAUGCUGAAUUUUUAAAUUUAUUAUUACUAUGUUUAUUUGGGGGACUGUUGUAGAUGAUGGGGGCCCCCAAGUUCCCCUUUUCCAGAGUCCUGAAGAAUCUCCCCGCCGCCUCCCCCUCCGCUCGCCGAGAUUUCAACGAGCCGCGGGAAUGAUCCACAAGGGCGCAUGCUCACUCCCAAGUUUCCUGGUGCCUUUUCUAUUCCACCUUAUGAAACUUUUUCCUCGGCGUGGUAUCACCCGCGAUUUAAGGCAUAGGUGUCGCCGAGCAGGGCGGCUGGGAGUCGCCGGGCGUGUGGGGGAGAAGCCUGGGCCGCGCCGCGGCGGGGGGCGGAGGGAGAGGGCAGGCGAGGCGGGAAGGUGGGCUCUGGCCGCCUGGAGCCGGAGACCGAGCCACUGCCGCCGUCCCUAGCGGGGAGCAGCCAAGAGGAGGGGGCCGAAGUCGGGGAGGGGUCCCACCAUGCCCAAAGUCUUCCUGGUGAAGAGGAGGAGCCUGGGGGUCUCGGUCCGCAGCUGGGAUGAGCUCCCGGAUGAGGAAAGGGCAGACACCUACAUCCCAGUGGGCCUGGGCAGUCUGCUCCACGACCCCCCGGAGGACUGCCGCAGCGACGGCGGUAGCAGCAGCGGCGGCGGCGGCAGCAGCAGCAGCAGCAGCGCGGGGGAGCCCGGAGGCACCGAGAGCAGCUUGUCCCCGCGCGCCCCCGAGCGCGAAACCCCCGAACCAGGCGACGCCGACGGCCCAGGUGGACACCUGGCGGCGAAGCAGCGCCCGGUCGCCAGGUCGAAAAUCAAGUUCACCACAGGCACGUGCAGCGACUCGGCGGUUCACAGCUGUGACCUGUGCGGCAAGGGCUUCCGCCUGCAGCGCAUGCUCAACCGGCACCUCAAGUGCCACAACCAGGUGAAGAGGCACCUGUGCACCUUCUGCGGCAAGGGCUUCAAUGACACCUUCGACCUGAAGAGGCACGUCCGCACGCAUACAGGCAUUCGUCCCUACAAGUGUGAUGUCUGCAACAAGGCCUUCACCCAGCGCUGCUCCUUGGAGUCCCACCUGAAGAAAAUCCACGGGGUGCAGCAGCAGUACGCCUACAAGCAACGCCGGGACAAGCUGUACGUCUGCGAGGACUGCGGCUACACUGGCCCCACCCAGGAGGACCUGUACCUGCACGUGAACAGUGCCCACCCGGGCAGCGCGUUUCUCAAAAAGACCUCCAAAAAAUUGGCGGCCCUUUUGCAAAACAAGCUGACGUCCACACUCCAGGGGAAUGCCAACCUGAGCGAGGAGGAGGAGAAGUGAGGAGGGGGUGGGGAGAGACGCCAGCGCUGCCACGUUUACACAGAUUUGGGGUUUCGAGGCUAUCCCGCCCCACUGACUCUUUCUAAUUACAAGUGUUCUGUUCAUCUCUCUGUCCUUUUGGGGCCUCAGCAAGAGGAUCUGUUCCAACGUUGUCAGUUAUAAUAGUGGCGUCAGGCCCCUGUACCCCAUGUCCUCUUGAACAGUCACAGUUAACGAGUUUGUGGAUGGCCGUGAUGACCGUGGGGGAUUUUUUUUAGGGUUUUCACACAUGGAGGCAGAGGUGUUCUUAGAGAGACUACCAUUUUAUGGUGCCUUGAAAUAAAAGUACUUCCACUUGAAAUGCUGCUCAAGCAAGGAAAAUGAAUUUUAUUUUUCAGAAAGAGUUUAUGGGAAUUACUUUAAUAAAUGAAAUGUUCUCGUGAAACUUUCCUUAUGAAAACAACACAGGAGAGCAUUGAGCCAUCUACCUCCCUGGUUAGAGCUUAUUGUGUGCCUUUCGCCGUCAGGUUAUUUGGAGGUUGAGUGUUUGUGUUGGUGGGUGGGUUUGAAGAAGCAGAUCUUGAGCGUUAGGAGGAGGACAGAUGGCUGAUGAAAAGACAGCACUGAACAACCGGCCCCGCGGCUGAUGGGCAGGGACGCCUGGAGUUGACUCAGCAGGGGACUAGGGAACACUGUGGUCGUUUUUUGUGGCCGUGGGGUGACUGCAGAGAUGCCUCUGGCUUUCUGGGCCUGGGACUCGCUGGCGGAAGGCACUUCUCCCUCCCUUGAGGCUGGCACUGGGGCCAACGUGUGGCAAACGCCGGAGCCUGAGCGUGAGGAGCCUGAGCGUGAGGAAUGCUCGCCGGCGCAGAGAGCAGUUGCAGGAGGAACAGCAGUGUCAGCAGCGUCCUUCAGGCAUGUGACUGCCUAGCACAGUGACCUUUGGCCACCUGCAUCUCCUUACCUGGGAGGCCUGGGAGGUUAACAAUAAAGCCGACUUGAGACCGAGAUAGGGCAAAAGGGAGGCAGCAGGCCAUGGGAGAGGGGGUGGUGAGGUGGUUUCCAGGGUCCUUCCAUGAUGGACCGCGAUGGACAUGAGGGGCAGCAGAAAGGGCCCAGAGCCUUCAGGGAACCAUGGUGCCAGGAGAGAGGGUUCCCCUGGUCCCGUGCUGCUCCCUGAACUGAGUGAAGUGCUGACCCUGUACCACACUGUCCCUUCGCUGCCUGCCCCUUGUGUCCUGGGCAUUACCUGGGCUGCAUGUCUCAGGUUCAUUUCCACCUGGAAGAUCAAGAUAAUCUUGCUUUGGGACUGGGCCACUCCUUGGUGUAGGGAAACGUGGAUGGUGAGGCCAUUUUCUUAUUUCCUCCCUCUUCCAUCAUCCACCCCCCACCUCCACCCCGCCCCGCCUUCCGUCUUCUCUCCCACACUGUGGGCCAGGCAUUAUGGCAAGAUCUGGGCCGUUUAAGUGGCAAAUCCUGUAACUUGAGUUAACAUUUCUCUCCUCACUCAGCGCCUUUCUUUCAGAAGGAAGGAAACAAACCCUUUUGUUGAGUACCUGUGACAUUUGGGGCACUGAGCGAGGCCCCCGUCUCUGCACAGCCGUCUCUGGAACAACCCUCAGAGCAUUCCUGGGGAGGAAUUCCUGGGACUGCAGAGGCUGGCGGCUGGCGGCAGAGAAAGCAGCCAGGAAUCCUAAACCUGCUCACAACCCCCUUUCUCUCUCCCCUCUCUCUUCAAAAAGGAAAGGAAAGACUUUAAGCUCGGCUUGGACACACAAGAGGCAGCCGUGAGGCUGGGGCAGGCGUGGGGGUCCUCACCCUUCUGGCUUCUCUGACUGGCAAGACUGCCUCAUCUGAAGCUCUGGGUGCUUGGGCUAAGGCUGCGGCACCACAUGGCCUGAGUUAUGGUCACAUUCGAGCAUCAGCAGUGGUGAGAGUUGUACUUGGGACCCACAGUGGGAUGUUGUGGCUGCAUGGUGCAGCCUCCUGGGACAGAGCCAGCGCUGAGGACCUGGCCCUGGCUCCAGUGGGCUAAUUGCUGAUGUCUGUUGUGUCUCCUAGCACUUGAUACAGAGGAGAGAGAGUCUAGAAGACAGCUGAUUUGCUUUCCUCAGUUACUUGGGUAAUUCAGACAGAAACAAACAUUCCUAUAAGAGAAUAUCUAAAUGACUGGCCGGGGCAGCUGGCCUGUUGCCUGUUUUGCAUUGGGAUUUAUGAAUUCUCUUUAGGGUCAGAUUUUUAUUAAACUGAACUUUUUUCACUGCAAGUAACAGAAACGCAGUUUAAAAUGACUUUAACAGAAGGGGGAAUAUAUUAGCUGAGAAGUCUAGAGUUGUUCCAGCUUCAAGGGUAGCAAGAUCUAGGUGCUUAAACCAUGUGACAUCGCUCAUCUUUCUCUCUUUUAACUCGGUUUUCCCCCGAGUGGCUUCUUUCUUAGGAGGCUCAAGUGGAGGCCAGAGGACCACCCUCCACUCUGGACUUCUAUCCCACAGUGCAGCAGCCCACCAGGAGCGUUUGUCUUUCAGCCGAGAUCUUGGGCUGACGCUUCUUGUCUCUGAUUGGCCUGAUUUGGCUCUCGAGCCUGCCUUUGAGCCAAUCACCGUGCUCUGGGCAGUUCUCUUCCAUGCCAUCACUCAGGGACCCAGACUUCUUUCCUUUGUUGCUCUGCCAUGCCCUACAGCAUUGUCAGCAGGUGCAUGGUUGAAGUUGGAUCUCUAUGUGGUUCAGCCUGUAGGAGUGUCGUCUUGGUUUGGGUUCCUCCAGAAGCUGAUUCUGAGGCAAGAGUUUAAGUUCAAGUCGAUUGCUUAGGAAGUGAUCCCAAGAAGCAUCUGUAGGGGAGUGGGGAAGUGUGACAGGAAAAAGAAGACAGCUAACAAAGGGAAUAUAAUCAAGGAGGUUACUGCUGUGGACAACUGGAGCUUAAUCCCACCUAGGAGUUCUGGGAGACAGUACAGGCGUGCCUCAGGGUUACCCCACUAGAAGGGCAUAGGAAACCAUUUGUCCACUAACUCCCCACCCAUCACUGGUUGAGGGCGCCGGCGUUGGCAGCAUUCAUUUCUAGGCCUUCCAACUUGCCCUGUGCACUGGCCAAGCAGGCUUCCUGUGCUAGGAGAAGCCCUCAGGCAGAGUUUCAGGGUGGCCAUAAGCAGACUUCAGCACAUAGAGCCGAAUGCUGAGGAACCCUGGGGGGCACCAGGUCUGGUACAGGUGUGGAAGGGUUACGCCCACUCUCUGAAGCUGCUGGCCUGAAUGUGGCAUAUAGCCCUUCCACCUACAUUCUGGGGGGUGGGGGGCGAAUUGGGGACGGGAAAAUGCAGCCUUCUCAAACAAAACACUCUUGUAUGCCAGAAUGGGGGAAUGGAUUAUGGUGGACAACUUGCCGUCUCUGCCAUGGCAGGCAAACCCAACGAUGUCCACCCCAGCCUCUGACCCCUCCUCCUCCCAGCCCUGUUUGCCUGGCCUGCUCUCAGCCAAUCGUCAGGAAAUCCAGCUACAGUCCUGGGGGUCAUGAUUUAGAGCACUGGUUCUCAGGCUGGCAGCCCUGGAACCUUAGGUCCACAGAUGAUGGGAAUGGAGAUGGAUGAGCUAUUGUCAGUGUUUUAUAUCCCUCAUCGGAAAUCAUUUAUUAACCUGGACAGAGUCCACCCAGCAGUAUCUUUGCUUUUGGCUGGUGUUAGGUCAGCACAGUGUGGAAACAUGCUCAUGCUCAUCAGCAGUGCCUACUGAUGGUUCAUUUUGGAGAAGGAGGUCUGUUAUGAAUCAGUGUGGUUUAUUUGGUUGCUGCCUUUGUUGAAUUUCUAGAAGCAGAGUCUGAGACAGGGAUUCUGGGCUAAGUGAUUUAUUGAGAGAGGCUCUCAGGAGAAACCAAUAAGGAGGUGAGGGAAGCAAGGUACAACAGGAAGAAACCAGGCAAACCUGGAGUCUAGCCUCAGCCUGAUCCCAGGAGAAGUGCUAGAGUGUGAAUGGCACCAUGGAUGUUAUCCCACCUUGAGGCAAGGGGCCCAGUCAUUGGCUGCGGGUUAUCUCUUGGGCGGUGCAGCUGGGGGCUGGUUCACUCAGAGGUUUCCAAGGUGAAGAAAAGAAAAAUCACAGGAAUGGAUACUUGGAGGUGAAAAGGAUUGAGGGCCAUAGGCUCUGGCUACUUCUCCAUGGAAUAUUUACAUUUUGAGAAGGGAUCUCUUUUGGAGCUAAAGGAGUGAAUUACUUAUUGCAAAUUAUGUGGUGUUUGGGGGAAAACGAAAAAAUAUAUUAAAAUGUGUGCAUGGAAAAGUCCUCUCUCCAAAUCUGUUUCUUGUCUGCCGAGCCCCUCCUCUACCAUGCUAGUCAACCACUGUUAGCUUCUUGUGUAACUUUCUUGAGUUUCUUUACUCAUAUAUAAGCAAAUAUGAAUAUGUAUAUUCUUGUUCUCCACUGUUUUCUUUUUUAAUUAGCAGAUAGCAUUAUGCGUACUGUUUGGAACCUUGCAUUUUUCUUUUAAUAAUACAUCUAGUGGCUCUUUCCAUAAUAAUACAAAAGAAUGUUCUCUUCUUUACAGCUAUCUAGCAUUGUGUUGUAUGGACGUACCA